GCUUGUUGCGGCUCAAGUACUGCCUCGUUUGUUUCUGCAGAGGGAGCAGCAAGUAGCUGUGCAUGUAGAUCAAGAGCUUCGCGUCUCCGCGCAGUUUUUGGUUGGUGGUGGCUGCGAGAGCAAUCUUUUGUCGCCGCAGAGCGUGGCCGCAUGGUGGGAGGGAUGAAGGAGUACACGGAAAGCAGCCGUGUUUUGUUUAGUCAGAUGACUACAAGCUUGAGCAACAUGUAUUGUGGUGGAUUACUCACCGAGGCAAAGGCGUGUCCAAGGAGGACCACAGCACAGAGGGGCGCGGAAGGGGCAGCGUCGAUGGGCACGGAAGGGGCGGCAACGAGUGCGUCCGACGGAGGCGGAGCGGCGGCGGAGAGGGUGUUGAGAAAGAGGAGGCCGGAGCUCGACGGCCGACGGCGGCCGUGCUCGAUGGUGGAGGUGCCGUCAAGGGAAGGGAAAGGGGAAGCGGCUGGCCUAGGCAGGGAAACGGGAAGCGGCCGGCCGGCGCGACUCCUCCGCGGGAGCCUCCCAACUGCAAGCGGAUCUGCGCGGACUCCGUCUCGCCGGGGAGCUGCCGACGGCAGCAGCGCGCGGCCUGCCCAGACGCGAGGAAGAAGAAGACCCCUUGAUUUGGACCAAUUGUGAAAUGAAUUUAAACUAUUAAGGGGGUUUUCGUAAAAUCGGGUUAAAACACGGCCACGCCCAUUAAUUCGGGCCGGAGGGAGUAUAU